AUGUACACCACCCAAAUUGGGCAGCGAAACCCUCCUCCACAUUAACGGCCCCAGUGGAUUGAUUGAGGGUUUUGGGUUUUGGGCUUUGGUCGCUUCAUUUGUCUCUCCACCAUCUACCUCCGUUGCCGGUGUCCGGUGGCCACCACCAGCACCACCACUCUUCUCCGCCACGGUAGUGGUAUCUUUUUACUAACACACAGCAAUUGAAUUUGUUGAGAAAAAGGGAAAAGAAGAAGACGAAACCACAGAGACCAAAACAGAGAAAAGCCAAUUAUGUGGUAUUUGUGCGUGUUCUACCACAGAUUGUUGGAUUAUCGGAAACCCGAAGUCGAAUCUCUCGCCGAGCUCUUUGGAGCCUUCAAUCUCAGUGACAGUGACAGUGACAAUAGACAUGUUGAAAACAAUGGCAACCCAGAAAACAAUUCUCUGCAAUGGAGGCUCCCUCAGCACCAUCACCCAGACUCUCCAUUCCACUUCGUUAACCUCCCUUCCGACGAUAUUGCCCGCAAAAUUGCCAAUCGAAGUAUACUUGUGAAGGGAGUUUAUGAACUUUGGGGAGAAGGAAGUACCUAUAAGGAGCUUGAAGAGGCUAUAAAAGCUUAUCCAGAUGAGCGGAAAUUGCCAUACUUGACUUCUGAGAGCACAUUCAAGAUUACUGUUGAUAGCUUUGGCAAGGUUAUCAGCUUUGAGGAGCAAAAUGAUCGCAUUCGGGGUUUCUCUUACAUCCCUUUCAAGGGUCGAGUCAAUUUACGAAAUCCCGAUCACAAGUUCUGGCUCAUGGAAACUGAUGACUACGGGGUGAAUAAUGGUCUUCCACCUGUUGUCCAAAGGAGAAUGUUUUUUGGUCGAGAGGUUGGUACUGCGGAUAGGAAACUCUUGCCCACCUAUCAGUUAAAAAGCCGUACCUAUCUUGGCCCAACAGCCAUGGACGCAGAAAUGGCUUUUCUGAUGGCUAACCAGGCAUUGGUUGCACCAGGGAAGCUCGUUUAUGAUCCAUUUGUUGGCACUGGGAGCAUUCUUAUUGGUGCAGCUCAUUUUGGAGCAAUGACAAUGGGUGCAGACAUUGACAUUAGGGUAGUACGUGAUGGUCGUGGACCUGACUGUAAUGUUUGGAGCAAUUUCAAACAGUAUGGAUUACCAAUGCCUCUCGGUCUGUUAAGGGCAGACAAUAAUCUUCCUCCUUGGCGACCUGGGUUAAAAGAGGUGUUUGAUGCCAUAAUCUGCGACCCGCCUUAUGGGGUUCGUGCCGGGGGACGCAAAUCCGGUGGUCGAAAACUGCUGAAAGGAGUUGUGGGUCCCUACACUGUUCCCGAUGAUAAGAGAACAAAUCAUAUACCAUCAACUGCUCCUUACAGCUUAGUCGAAUGCGUGCAUGAUUUGCUUGAUGUUGCCGCUAAGAUGCUUGUGAUGGGCGGGCGCCUUGUGUUCUUCUAUCCCAUUCUAAGAGAAGACGAUACAAUCGAUACCAACUUCCCUGAACACCCAUGUUUUAAAUUGGUUGCUUCUUGUGAACAAAUCCUAAGUUUUCGUUACAGUCGUGUAUUGCUCACCAUGGUCAAGAUUGGACCGUACACUGAGGAAGUUGCAGAGACAGCAAGGAUCAAACAUCUGGAAUUCAAGGAGAACCAUCUAAAAUGGUUAGAAGAAGGCAAUCUUCGGUCUGCAGUUUUCAGCCCUCUCGACACUCACCUCGGUGGGGCAGGUGAUGCUAAACCUAGCAAGGACUCGAAGCCUAAGUAUAGAGGAAAAUAUGUGUAGUUCUACAGUUUGAAAGCAUUCUCUUCAUAAGCUUAAAGAAUUUAUGCCAUUUUAUGUCAUUACUGACAACUUAGGCUCUAGAUGUCGUGUAUUUUACCAUGCUCGAUAGUCUGUAACUUUUUUUUUUCCUUUUUCUUUGAGAGAUGGACUGGUUUUUUUGAUUUCUGGCUGAGAACAAAUGCUAAGCUCUUAGUUUUGAUAUUUUUAUAUGGCGGUUUUUUCUGUUCUAUUUUA